AUGGCUAACCUCCAAAGUUACGAACCUAAUUGGUUUUCCUGCAGUUGCUCGUGCCGCUGGCGAGGCAGGACAUCGUGGACUGGUUUGCUGCUUGUUGCGAAGGUAAACGAGUCCCUCGAGGCAUACGACACAGACUUCAACAUGCUGCGAUGGGUUAGGUCGGAGGUCGGUGACAUGGAGCUGGUGUGCCGUCGGCUACGUCGACACCUGAUCGUCAGGCGCCUGUUCCGGCUGGACUCCAUCGGCCGCGAACUGCCGGACAAUGAACUCAUCUGCAAGUACUACCCGCUGUCGUACGUUGGGCCCUGCGGCAAGGACGGCACUUUGCUGGUGAUCGACAAGCUGGGCAAUGUGGACAUCGCCGGCCUCGGCAAAUGCAUUUCGGCUAUAGGCUACAUCAAGCAGCGCUUCAAAUUCCUCGAACAGCUAUAUGACAAAAUGAACGAGAUGGAACGUGCCACUGGUCUGCAGUCUGGAGUCAUUUACGUAGUGGACAUGGACGGUAAGAGUUUUGGAAUCCCACUGCGGCUUAAAAUUACUCUCCUUAACUGCUAUGCCCUAUUGAUUCAAGCAGUCCGUUUCGUUUGCUUCAGCGCAACCAGCUGA